AAAUUCCUGAAGAUUCACUGGCCAGGUGACAUAUUCGCCGUCAAAUUUAACGGCGCAGCGACGUGAAAACCGCAGAGAGUCACUCAACACUUGUUUGGCGUCGAACCUAACGGCAAUUAUUAUUCGCAUUUUUGUCUAGCCAAUUUAAUAAUUGUCCUGGUUGCUCUCUCUCUCUCUCUCUCUCCCCGUCUCUCUCCAAUCACCUUUUUCAUUACCUCGCCGGAAUCUCUCGCCGGAGUAGGCUCAGAACUCGAAGUUUUGGUGGUGGGUUGUUGCGAAAAUCAAGAUCUGAUAUUCGCAGUGUUAUUGCUUGCGAGAGGAAUGCCUUUUAAGAGCUUGAUUAGCUUCAUGGACUACUCAUAUGGGUUUUUUGAUCUAGUCCUUCCUGUUAGAAGAUGAUUCUUGAUUUGGUUAAUGAUUCAUAAAAUUCCAGAGUUCAUUUUGUGAAAAACAUACAUGAGAAAAUAUAUUGAUCAUAGUUUAUUGGAGAGGAGAAUUUUUUGAUGGAGUUGGGCAACUUUCGGCCUGAAGCGCAUGUGGCACAGCAAAGCAGGCGCGAUAAGUUGAGAGUUCAGCAAAGUUCACAGGCUCAGCAUUUAGAGGACUAUCCUAACAAUUUGGAACAAUUAUCUGUUCAUCAUGGACUAAACCCAGAUCUAAUUCAAGUUUCCAAUCUUAGGUACGGUAACAUAUCUUAUAACCCGGUUAUGUUUUCCCCAGAAAUGCUCAAUUUUGCUGUGAAUUCCCAAGAACAACCUGCAAAUAGGCCCGUGAAAGUGAGUGAUGAACCACAGAAUUGUGGCAAUUGGAAAAGUAUCAGUUCACAACAACAAAGUUGUGAUUGGAUUGCUAAUUAUUCAAGUGGAUUAACAGGCAGCGAAAGCAAUCAGAACAACAUUUCUUCUUCUCCCUAUUUGAAGCCUAGCUUCAAUGGGUAUCAAGGCGUGCAGCCAUCUUUAACCAAUCCAACUGGUGAAGUUUGCAGUCAAAAUAGCCAAAAGCGCUACGGCGAAAUGCAUUUUAAUUCUCCCCCAAUUUAUCAAAAUGCUCCACUCACGGUGGACAAUGGUGCCCGAGGUUCUUGGACUGAUGGUGGGAAUGAACUCGUUCUUCUCCCGACUUAUGGCAACGAAUCCAAUCCAGUACGACUUAAUGAUUCUUCUGCCUGGAUUGGUAGGCUGGAUGAGGAGGGUUGUCAUCAGUGGAGCGGUGAAUUGAGUUUUCUAGCAAAUAAUAGUAGUAGAGACUUGAGGACUGUUGCAACAAGUGAUUCCAAUACACAGGGCCUAUCUCUAUCUCUUUCAACCAAAACACUACCCAAUCAGUUUGGGGAAGAAUUGCACUCUGGAACUGGUGUUUUCAACGAUCAUCACGAUUCAAAAACCUUGGAGUCUGACUAUUUAUGUCCUAAUUCAAAACCAUCUAUUGGUAGUAAAGUUUUGGGAAAUGAUUGUCAAGGGAUGGUAGGAUCAUCAUCUACCUUCACUCACCGAAAUACCGGUCCUCUGGGUCCUUUCACUGGUUAUGCAACUAUUCUGAAGGGUUCAAAAUUUUUGAAGCCUGCCCAGCUGCUUCUGGAUGAAAUUUGUAGUACUGUAAUGGCUUCAAAAUCCAUCGAAAUGUGUGAGGUGUCCGAUGAUAUGGUUUCUGAUGGAGUUAAGGGUUCCAGUGAGGCUGUCAAUGCGUCUGAAUCUAUGGUUGGAGCUAAGGGUGGUGGUGACUCGGGUGUCUCAUCCACAACAUUUUACUAUUCAAAUGAAAUUAGUGGGGACACUGGUGUUCGGAGUAGCUCCGGUGAAUAUCGGCCUGAAUAUCAACAGAAGAAGGCAAAGCUAUUAUUUAUGCAGGAGGAGAUUUGCAGAAGGUACAAACAGUAUCACCAACAGAUGGAAAUGGUGGUUUCAUCAUUUGACACAGUGGCUGGUCUUAGUGUUGCUGCCCCAUACAUUUCUUUUGUUCUCAAGACAGUGUCAAGGCACUUCCGAUGCCUUAAGAAUGCCAUCUCAGACCAACUCAAGCACAUAAGGAAAGCUUUGGGGGAGGACUUUUCGUCUCCCACCAUCGGUACUGCAAGCAGUAGCAAAGGCGAUACAAGUACAUCGAGGUUAACAAAUAUGGACCAUGGUUUUACGAAGCCAAAAACUGGUGGGCCCAAUCUGGGCUUCCUUGAAGCCCAACAGCACAUCUGGAGGCCCCAAAGAGGCCUACCGGAACGAGCCGUGUCUGUUCUUAGGGCUUGGCUAUUUGAACACUUUUUGCAUCCGUAUCCAACGGACACGGACAAGCAUAUGUUGGCUAGUCAGACUGGCCUAUCUCGAAACCAGGUGUCAAAUUGGUUCAUUAAUGCCCGAGUCCGGGUCUGGAAACCCAUGGUUGAAGAAAUACACAUGCUCGAAACCAAAGGUUUGGCAGAACCAAACUCAAACUUAGGCAAAAUCGAUGGAGAACCCAACGCUGAAAAUGAUCAUCAGCCCGCAAACAAGGUGAGUGAAACCGCUAUGUCGAGCAAGCAAGUUGAGUGCUUGCAAAUUGGCUCCUUGGCAGGCACAGGAGAUGAACAUGGACACAGACAGAACACACAAUGGAAUCAGGAGAAGCGGUCAGAGGCGGAACAGUGUCAAAUCCCAGCUAGCAUGAUUGUGUUCCGUUUCGGGGUUUUGUGCCAUACCAGCGUGGCGGGCUUGAAAUAGGGGGACUUGGAGCGGUUUCGCUCACGUUGGGACUCAGGCAAAGUGCAGAGCAAUUGGAACAAGAAGAGAUUCAGAUUAGGCAGCAUUUUGGAGGUCAGAUGAUUCAUGAUUUUGUUGGUUAAUAUCAAACAGUUCUUCUAGUUGCACAGAAAUUAAUCACAUAAUUGAUCACAACUCUCAUAAAGGUGCGACUCGCCUCAUGUGAGAGGAUUGUGUUUGUUCUGUGAUUGGUUUGUGUGUUCGUUGAGUUUUUCAAUAUGGAACUAUCUCUUGCAUAAUCGAACAAGAGAAUAAAAAGUGAAAAAUGAUAUACCUCAUUAAGCUAAAGAGGUUUAUUGAAUGAAUAUGCAAUCAUUGGAUUAGAUUGGAGAUGGAUUAUGAUAAUGUAUUAUAGUGGUUUAUAGAUUAAGAGCUGAAAUCCAUGAAGAUGCUCUUUGCAAGAAUUUUUAUAAGUUGAUAAAAAUGGAAUUCAAGUGAAAAGAUGAAUCAUUUGCAUUCAUCCAUGGAUAUACCAUUGUUUAUUAAUAUUUCUGUAAUUGAGAAAAAUAGUGAGCCUCCGAGAAAUUAAAUCAACAAUUGUAUGGAUGUUGAAGAGUUGCCUAAAAGUAAUUGUUUGCAUCUUUAAUUUUA